CAGAGACUCGCCAUCUUUCUCUCCGCGUUUGUGUCCCUGCAUUUCUUCCUCUCUGUCUCAGUUAUUUCCGCACCUCUUGCUGGGUGUCUGCCCGUCUCCCCGCUGCGGGAAGUCCCGGCGUUUCUGUGGUUCUCUGUGGCAGUGUGACUCAGGAGCUGCCCGCAGGAACCUGCCCUGUUACUGCCUGGAGCGUCUGGCGGGCUGUCCUGCGGGUAUCUGGCCCUCUCCACCUGUACCUGAGUGUGCUUACCUCUCUGGGCAUUGUGUCUCGGUCCCUGUCUCCCCUUGUUUUUGUUUGGCGGGGAGGGGUUUGUUUCCACAGUAACCGGCUCCUCUGACUCUGGGAUUGGGGAGGGAACCCUUCGAUUUCGUGACCCCUCCCCCCUUUCCCGCCUGGCGCUGGGUGGAGGCGGGAAGCCAAGUUUCGUGGACCUUGGAGGGACAAUCGGAGGUUGAGUGGGGGGUGGUCACCUGCUUUCCUCCGGGACCAAUGGUGCGGGCCGGGCGCAGGAUUUGGGCCCUCAGGAGGGGCCAGAAGUUGGAUUUGGGGCCCCGAGGCCCUGGACUCCUGGGUCCAGAGGCUGGGUGAGGUCAGGGUGACUGGCAGGGCUGGUUUUUCGGGAUCGGCUGGGGGAGGGGCUGAGGCCAUGUGACUCUCUGAGUCUACCCCCCCACAUCAUCCCCACUUCCCCUUCUCCUUCCUGUACUGGGAUCGGAGCCGCCACCUUGAGGGGGUCUCCGGGGCCGAGGGACCAGGGGGAAGGGGGCUGAGGGGAAGGACUCACUCUUUGGGCUUGGCCAGUUCCUGCGGGGGAGGGCGGAGCAUGCGGCUGUGCCGGUGACUGAGGUUUCAGCUUCUCAAGGUCUCUGCCUCUGGCUUUCUGCCUCGCUCGCUUCCCUCUCCUCCCCUUUGCACCUUGCUUUUCUGCUGUGUUAGUUCAGCUCUGGGGGGAAGGGGCUUCGGCAAUCUUCGGGAUCAGGGUUCCUGCAUUCCAUCCACCCCCCCACUGCAACCCCCUCGACUCCACCGGGCCCUGAGGCGGCUUGGGGGGGGCUGUCUGGGCCCCAGUGGGGGAGACCUGGGGUCACCAGCCCCCCCCACCCCUCGCACUCGCUGGUACUGUCCCCCGCCGCCACAGGCCCCUGUGUCUAUCUGGGAUGAGGAGGAGGAUGGUGCCAUCUUUACUGUCACAAGCCGCCAGUAUGGGUCUCUUGAUCCCUUGGCCCCAAUGCCUCCCCCGCGUUCCUCCCGAAGGCUCCGAGCUGGCACUCUGGAGGCCCUCGUCAGACACCUGCUGGAUGCCCGGACAUCAGGGGCUGACGUGACCUUCAUGUCAGCCUUCCUGGCCACCCACCGGGCCUUCACCUCCACACCUGCCCUGCUAGGGCUUAUGGCUGACAGGCUGGAGGCCCUUGAAUCUAGUCCUAGUGAUGAACUAGAGAGGACAAAAGGGGUAGCCAUCUCUGUACUGUCAACCUGGCUGGCCUCUCACCCUGAGGAUUUUGGCUCUGAGGUCAAGGGUCAGCUUGACCGGCUUGAGAGCUUCUUGCUUCGGACAGGGUAUGCAGCAGGGGAGGGUGUCGGGGGGGGCAGCGCUGACCUCGUCCGCAACCUCCGGUCCCGGGUGGCCCUCCAGGCCCCCGACCUUCCUAAGCCCCUGGCCCUUCCCGGCGAUCCCCCUGCUGACCCCACGGAUGUCCUGGUGUUCCUCGCUGACCACUUGGCCGAACAGCUGACCCUGCUAGAUGCGGAGCUGUUUCUCAAUCUGGUCCCCUCUCAGUGCCUGGGGGGCCUGUGGGGUCAUAGAGACCGGCCGGGACAUUCCCAUCUCUGCCCAUCUGUCCGAGCUACUGUCACACAGUUCAAUAAGGUGGCAGGGGCAGUGGUCAGCUCUGUCCUGGGGGCUACCUCAACUGGAGAGGGGCCUGGGGAGGUGACUAUACGGCCACUCCGUCCCCCCCAGAGGGCCCGGCUCCUGGAGAAGUGGAUCCGCGUGGCAGAGGAGUGCCGUCUGCUCCGAAACUUCUCUUCAGUUUAUGCUGUUGUGUCGGCCCUGCAGUCCAGCCCCAUCCAUAGGCUUCGGGCAGCCUGGGGGGAAGCAGCCAGGGACAGUCUCAGAGUCUUCUCCAGCCUCUGCCAAAUUUUCUCUGAGGAGGAUAAUUAUUCUCAGAGCCGGGAGCUACUCCUGCAGGAGGUGAAGCUGCAGCCCUCUCUGGAACCAAAUUCCAAGAAGGCCCCGAGGUCUGGCUCCCGGGGUGGGGGUGUGGUCCCGUACCUUGGCACCUUCUUGAAGGACCUCGUGAUGCUGGAUGCGGCCUCCAAGGAUGAGCUGGAGAACGGAUACAUCAAUUUUGACAAGCGGAGGAAGGAGUUUGCUGUCCUUUCUGAGCUGCGGCGGCUCCAGAAUGAAUGUCGUGGCUAUGACCUCCGACCCGACCCCGAUAUCCAGCAGUGGCUACAGGGGCUCCGGCCACUGACAGAGGCUCAGAGCCAUCGUGUGUCCUGUGAGGUAGAGCCAUCUGGUACCAGUGACCCUCCUGCCCCACGCGUGCUUCGGCCAACAUUGGUCAUCUCGCAGUGGACAGAGGUUCUGGGCUCUGUUGGGGGUCCCACCCCUCUUGUCUCCUGGGACCGGCCCAGUGUGGGGGGAGAUGAGGUGCCUGGAACCCCUGCUCCUCUGCUGACCCGGCUGGCCCAGCACAUGAAGUGGCCGUCUGUCUCAUCUCUGGACACUGCCCUGGAAAGCACUCCAUCCCUGCACAGUCCGGCUGACCCCAGCCACCUCUCUCCCCCAGCCUCCUCCCCUAGGCCUUCUCGAGGUCACCGCCGCUCAGCCUCCUGUGGCUCCCCGCUCAGUGGGGGUACAGGAGAAGGGGCCUCCAGGGGGACUGAAUAUGGGGGAGGGGGCUCUGGGCCAGAAGCCUCUGAUUGCCGAAUCAUCCGCGUCCAGAUGGAGCUGGGGGAAGAUGGCAGUGUCUACAAGAGCAUCUUGGUGACAAGCCAGGACAAGGCUCCAAGUGUCAUCAGUCGUGUCCUUAAGAAAAACAAUCGUGAUUCUGCGGUGGCUUCGGAGUAUGAGCUAGUGCAGCUGCUACCAGGGGAGCGAGAGCUGACCAUCCCACCCUCGGCUAAUGUUUUCUAUGCUAUGGAUGGAGCUUCACACGAUUUCCUCCUGCGGCAACGGCGAAGGCCCUCGACUACUACACUGGGCCUCACCGGCAGUCCCUCUGCCUCAGGAACUCCCCCAAGCGAGGGAGGAGGGGGUUCCUUUCCCAGGAUCAAGGCCACAGGGAGGAAGAUUGCCCGGGCACUGUUCUGAGGAGGAAGCCCUGUUGGCUCACAGAACUCAUGGUGGCCAUACCAGACGUGGGCAGGCAUCCUGAAUGAUGGCAGUUGUGUCGCAUUGGGAAGAAAUCCAGAGAGGUGGCCAACCACCCUGGGGCAGUGAAGUGCUGCUAGUUUACCAGACAGCCGAGGGAUCCAGCCCUGUGGGAACUGGUAAUCUUGGUAACCAAGCUGGAAACCUGUGUACAGCUCCCCAAUUUCUAUGAAUGCACGACACGCCUAGUACUGGGAAAGGGGGUCAAUUUCUGAUUCCUGGCCACAUCCUAGCAUGCCAAGGGCCAAGGCAAGGCCUAGAAGUAAGGGGAGAGGAAAAGCCUAGAGGCUCUGAGCCCUGGGGAGAGGGGAUGGCACAAAGUAGGUUCUUGUAGGAGUUCCUAUUCCUACUGUGGGGGUUCAUGUCACUGUGACAACACUAAGAUAAUAAACCAAAACACUACCUGAAUUCUA